UUUAUUCCUACAUUAUUCUUUUAAUUUUCUUUUAUUCUCUCCAUCAUCAAUUGUACGGUUAAGAAACUCUAUUAAAUCUCUCUCUUGAGUCUUGGCAUGAUUGAUUGUGAUCAAGAGAAAACCGCUGCGGGUAACUUGUUUUCCAAUAAGAAGGGCCUUACUUUCAGUAACAUGAGGAGGACAAGUGAAUGGAUUUUUUCCCAUGAGCUUCCUAGUGAUAUCACUGUUCAAGUUGGAGAAGAUUGCUUUUUGUUACACAAGUUUCCAUUAGUCACCAAGUGUGGAUACAUAAGGAAACUUGUGUCACAAUCAAGUGAGGUUGAUGCUUCCUUCAUUGAAAUCAAUGAUGUCCCUGGUGGAGCAGACGCAUUUGAACUCGCGGCGAAGUUCUGCUACGGCAUAAAUUUCGAAAUAAGUAUCGAAAACAUUGCUAUACUUCACUGUGUGGCAGAGUAUCUUGAGAUGACAGAGGAUAUCUCAAUUGGAAACUUGGCGUCAAGGACUGAAUCUUACUUGAAUGAAGUAGCAUUGGAGACCAUUCCAGGGGCUGUAACGGUCCUGAGUGUGUCGGAAACUUUGUUUCCGGCUGCAGAGAAGGCGAAAUUGGUGAGCCAGUGUGUGGAUGCUAUUGCAUACAUAGCCUGCAAGGAAAGCCAGUUUUGUUCGUCGGCUAAAAGUGAUGGCGGUAGCAAUGAUUGGGUCAUGUCUUCCUCCAUGGAUUUGCGCCUGCGGCCGGUGGUUGAAUGGUGGGCUGAAGAUCUAACGGUUCUAAGAAUUGAUAUUUUCCAGAGAGUCUUACUUGCAAUGCUGGCAAGAGGGUUCAAGCACCAUGCUAUUGGUCCUAUUCUAAUGUUGUAUGCACAAAAAUCUCUAAGAGGCUUGGAGAUAUUUGGAAAGGGAUGGAAAAAAAUUGAUGAACCAACAGAUGAGCAGGAGAAAAGGAUUGUUGUAGAGACAAUAGUGAAUCUUUUACCAAGUGAGAAGGACGCCAUGUCAGUUAGCUUUCUCGCUAUGCUACUUCGAGCAUCCAUAUAUAUCGGAACAACCGUUUCUUGCAGGCUUGAUCUGGAGAGGAGGAUGGCCCUGCAGUUAGACCAGGCCGUUUUAGAUGAUCUUCUUAUUCCUUCUUAUUCAUAUUCUUCCGACACGUUGUUCGACGUGGAUACGGUGCAGCGGAUCAUGGUGAAUUAUCUGGAGUCUGAGAUGACUGGAGAUUGUUCAAUUUACAAUGGAGAUGAUGAAUACUUUUUGCCUUCCCGGCCAUACCUCGGCCACGUUGGGAAGUUGAUGGAAGGCUACCUUGCUGAAGUAGCCUCAGACAAGAACUUGUUAGUGUCCAAGUUCAUCAGUCUUGCUGAAUUGAUUCCUGAUCAAGAAAGAACAGCUGAAGAUGGAAUGUAUAGAGCCAUUGACAUCUAUCUUAAGGCUCAUCCUACUCUAAGUGAAAUGGAGAGAAAGAAAAUUUGCAGUUUGAUGGACUGCCAGAAACUAUCACGAGAUGCAUGCGCUCACGCCGCGCAAAACAAUCGGCUUCCUGUCCAAACGGUGGUUCAAGUUCUCUACCACGAACAGCAACGCCUUCGGGAAACCAGCGAAGAAUGGGAUCGUUCUGAUUCCAUUAUUAUUCCAACAACAACAUCCAAUGAAGCAUCCAACUUGAGAAGAGAAAAUGAAGAGCUUCGAGUCGAGGUUGCAAAAUUGAAGAUGAAACUAAAAGAGAUUCAGAAAUUUGCACUUGUAUCAGCAAGUGGUAGUAGUUCUGCAACAAAUUCUAGUGCUUCGCCUUGUUUCUCUGAGAAGCCUCCCCUUCAACGAAAGUCAUUCAUGAGUUCAGUGUCAAAGAAACUUGGUCGCCUUUCGCCGUUAUUUCAACGUGCAGAUUAUAAUUAUGCUGCCACAAUCCCUUCCGAAACGAAAGUAGAUAAGAACAGACGCCAUUCCAUAUCUUGAAGUUAUUGAUUGUUAUUGGACCAAGUUCUUCCUUGGUUUAUUUUCCAAGUCUUGAAUGCUGGUGUAUACUCUUGUUUUGCUUCCUAUUUUUGUGCAUAUGUAGACUAUUCACUAUACAUUGCGAUCAAUUGUGGAAGGUGAAGUUUGUUACUGGUUAAGAAUAGAUUAA